AUGGCUGAUGCCCUCCGUGAUGCGUUUGAGACAAGAAAAAGCGAGGGCAGCAAGGUCUUUGUAACCUUCGUCACUGCAGGCUUUCCAACAAGAGAAGCCACCAUCCCCAUCAUGCUUGCCAUGCAAGCUGGUGGUGCUGACAUUAUUGAACUUGGGAUGCCCUUCUCUGAUCCGAUUGGAGAUGGAGUCGCGAUCCAAGGCUCGAACACGGCAAGCUCUCUUUCACCUCGAGUUGCGCUGGCAAACCAAGUGGAGUUUAUCGACUGUCUGGAGUAUGUUCGGACAGCUCGGAAGGAGGGAGUCACCAUCCCAAUUGUAUUAAUGGGUUACUAUAACCCGCUGCUCGCUCACGGCGAGGAAAAGGCCGUCAAAGACGCCCGAGAGGCAGGCGCGAAUGGCUUCAUUGUAGUCGACCUCCCGCCCGAAGAAGCUGUGCAUUUCCGUGAUACAUGUGCAAAGGAGGACAUGUCCUAUGUCCCUCUGAUCGCGCCUUCGACGUCCGCGUCACGCAUCAAGUUUUUGACUUCGAUUGCCGACUCAUUCAUCUAUGUCGUGUCGAGAAUGGGAACCACAGGAUCGAGCGACAAGGCCAAGAUGAGCGAAUCACUUCCCGAACUGGUUUCAAGAAUUCAGGAGCAGACUUCGGUACCUCUCGCCGUCGGGUUUGGCAUAUCCUCACGUGAACAGUUUGAAUAUGUCUCCAAAGCCGGGGCAGAUGGUGGCGUCGUAGGUUCUCGUAUCGUCAGUGUCAUCGAGCAAGCGGGCACGGAUCCGAAGACAAUCGCCACGGCAGUACAAAAGUAUUGCUUUGACAUUAGUGGCAGGAGCAAUACUUCCUCCUCGACCAAAUCGUUGCGCUCGUCUUCGACAAUGUCGGUUCCAAAAGUAGCCAAGGAGGCACCAGCGACGGCAGCCUCCCCUCUCCCAGCUCGUUUCGGAGAGUUUGGCGGUCAAUACGUUCCAGAAUCCCUCGUCGACUGCUUGGCGGAGCUUGAGGCUGCCCAUAAGGCUGCAUGUGACGACCCUGCCUUUUGGAAGGAGUUUGAGAGCUACUAUGGCUACAUCAAUAGGCCCUCUCAGCUCUAUCUCGCAGAGAGACUUACCGAGCAUGCUGGCGGCGCGAAGAUUUGGCUAAAGCGAGAGGACCUGAACCACACUGGGUCCCAUAAAAUCAACAACGCUAUUGGCCAAAUCCUACUGGCGAAGCGUAUUGGUAAGACCCGAAUCAUUGCAGAGACUGGAGCUGGUCAACACGGUGUGGCCACUGCCACGGUCUGCGCGAAAUUUGGAAUGCAAUGCGUGAUCUAUAUGGGUGCAGAGGAUGUUCGCCGACAAGCUCUGAACGUCUUCCGUAUCCGUAUGCUCGGCGGACAAGUCAUUCCCGUCGAAUCGGGAUCCAAAACGCUGAAGGACGCCAUCAACGAUGCUCUACGAGACUGGGUAGCAAACGUCCAUAACACGCAUUACCUUGUUGGAAGUGCCAUCGGCCCUCAUCCAUUCCCGACUAUUGUCAGAGAUUUCCAACGCAUUAUUGGUCGUGAGAUCAAGGAGAGCAUGCUCAAGAUCACAGGCAAACUCCCCGAAGCGGUGGUUGCAUGCGUUGGCGGCGGUAGCAAUGCAAUAGGGACCUUCUAUGAUUUUAUUCCGGAGAAGAACGUGCGACUGAUUGGCGUUGAAGCUGGUGGAGACGGUGUCGAUACAGAUCGUCACAGUGCGACACUGGCGCUUGGAAAGCCAGGAGUGCUUCAUGGUGUCCGCACAUACCUUCUGCAGUCCCCAACUGGACAGAUCAUCGAGACGCACUCUGUUAGUGCGGGAUUAGAUUAUCCAGGAGUCGGACCCGAACAUGCUUGGCUCAAAGAUUCCAACCGUGCAGAGUACAUUGUUGCCACGGAUGAGGACGCACUUCGAGGGUUCCGGAUGUGCACUCAGCUGGAAGGCAUCAUUCCAGCACUUGAAUCUGCACACGCCAUUUGGGGUGCGGUCAACGUUGCAAAGUCGUUGCCAAAGGAUGCAGAUGUCGUUGUUUGUCUCUCUGGUCGUGGUGACAAGGAUGUCGAGCAGAUCUCACAACUUCUACCGGGCAAGUGGGCGGACAAGUUGGACUGGCACAUCCAGUAG